AUGAUUCUACGGCCCUCGAGAAAGCUCGCUGGGCCAAUGUAUCGUCGAAAGUCCGGCCUCAUUGCGGCUCUGCUCACCCUGUUUCUCUUCCUCCUUUUCCUACAAACCCGAAUUCAACAUGAUGACGCUGUUGAACCUCCUCCGCUCACCCGCCCUGAGCCUGUCCCCGAAGCCGUGUCUCAAGAAGAAUCCGAGCCGAAACCGCCGGUCAAGAUCAAGAACCCCCUCCUCGAUAGCCAGGCUGCGUUCUGGCGGAGUCUCUAUUUGAUCAUCUUGAACAAUGAUCCCAAUUGCCGGAACGCUCCCGACCUCGUGGUGCCGCAGAAGCUUGAUAUUGGCUUCGAUCCCACUCACGACCAUCCUCGACCUGAUAUCCUGUACAUGGAUACCGCCGACGUCAAACGCAUGCGUGAGGCUCAUUCAAACUUUGUCAAUGACUUGAAAAGCAAUCCUCCAAACAUACCUUAUGAGCCGGGCACCCGUGGCAUUGUCAUGACGGGGGGCUUUAGCCAGCUUCCCGUCCUGGUUAUAUCUGUCCGCAUGUUACGAAGAGCCAAGUCUGAGUUACCGGUCGAGGUUUUUGUUGCCGAUCAGUCUGAGUGGGAUGAUCAGAUCUGUAAUGUUGUCCUACCGGCCCUCAACGCCAAGUGUCUUCUCCUUUCCGACAUUUUCCAUGCCGCCAGCGCGGGCGUGUCGAUCGACCGAUUUCAGUACAAAGUCAUGGCUAUCCUGUUCUCCUCAUUCGAAGAAGUCCUGUUACUCGAUUCUGACGCCUUUCCGGUACACAAUCCUCUUCCGUUGUUCCAGGAAGAGCCCUUCAAGAGCACCGGAUUGAUCGUCUGGCCGGACUUCUGGUAUGCCUCUGAAUCUCCCUACUACUUCGAAAUUGCCAAAAUCGACAGGAUCCCCUCCUUGAACGAGCGAGCUGCUGUCGAAUCGGGUGAAGUCAUGUACUCCAAAGCCAAACAUCAGUUGUCUCUUCUCCUUGCGGCAUAUUACAACUAUUACGGGCCGACCUACUACUACCCCCUCCUCUCUCAAGGUGCCCCGGGCCAAGGUGACAAGGAGACGUUUGCUUGGGCAGCCACAGCCCUCAAACAGCCUUUCUAUGCUGUCCAUCAACGGGUCAUGGCGCUCGGUCGGUUUGACUCCUCUGGCAAUUAUCUUGGUAGUGCUAUGGCUCAGCAUGAUCCCGUGGCUGAUUAUGCAUUCACGAAUGCCUAUGGUCCUCCCCACGAGCGAACCCAAGACAUUGACACUGGAAAGGACAACCAUUUCGAUAUUCAAGCUUCGGACGUAAAGCCCUUUUUUAUUCACGCCAACUUCCCCAAGUUUGAUCCGGCCACCAUCUUCGACCAUCAAAUGGUGGAUUUUUCCGGAGAGGUAUCUGGCGCUGGAGGCCCCACUCGAGACACAAACGGCACGAACGUACGUUGUUGGAUGGACAAAGGUCGUGCCAUCGAAUUAUUCGGCUUCGACGUGGAGUACAGGUUCUGGCAAGAAAUCAAAAUAACUGCUUGCGAGAAUGAGCACCAGCUUGGCACAUGGAAAGGCAAGCAAGGGAUCUGCGAGAGAACUCAGAAGUAUUGGAACGACGUCUUUGGUUCGGAUGCUGCACUUGAAGACCGGCAAAACAUGGGAAACUCGGUGGAAAUGCCUGCACCGCCUUGA